UUUAUAUUGAACUCACCAUCUUUGCGCUUCGGCAUUGACACUCGUAGAAAUGUCGUUGAAGCACGUCAAAAAACAUUCAGUGCCCAUCAUCGAAAGCUUCAUUGAAGAAACACAACUAAACGCAUUCAACAACACAGAAACACGUUACACUUUUCGGCAGUCAUUGUUAGCAUUCUCUAGUCUACUUCAAGCAGCAUGCGGAGGUUCCGUAUUAGGUUUCUCUUCAAUUUUAUUCCCACAACUAGAAGAAAGUAAAGAAAUUGUUCUCACAAUUGAUCAAGCAUCAUGGAUCGCUUCAAUACCAACAUUGGUCAUGUUACCAGUUGUUUUAUCCGCUGGAUGGAUGUUGGGACUUUUCGGACGACGCCUAUCUGUAAUCAUGGUUUUCAUUACCACCUUACUCGCAUGGUUAACAACUUACUUCGCCAAUAGCUAUGAAACCCUUUUCGCUAGCAGAUUCAUAGCUGGAAUAUUCGUGGGUGGUGCCUAUCCGGUUGUAGUAACUUACAUGGGUGAAACAACGCAUCCAAGAAUCCGCGCAGUUUGUUUAGCGGGCGUCCCAUUGGGAUGCGCCGUUGGAGUUUUACUCACGCAAUUCUUAGGAAUAUAUCUGCACUGGCGCAAAGUGGCCCUUAUCUUAGCCACAUUUCCAAUCUACAAUUUACUAAUCUGUUCCUACAUAAAAGAAUCAUACAUUUGGUUAUUGAACAAAAACCGUGUGGACGAAGCGAGACGCGCGUUUGUCUGGUUCCGAGGAAUAGACAUCGACGCAAAAGCAGAAUUCAUGGCUGCCUUGGACUCCAAAGACAACGUCGUUGCUAUAAACAGUUCAAUCAAAGAAAAAAUCAAAUUUUGUUUUAGUAAAGCCUUCGUAAUGCCAUUUCUUCUCACAGCUUUACUAUUUUUAACCAGCGAAUUCUCUGGAGACACCGCUUUAAUUUUCUACACGUCACACAUUAUCAAAAUCAUCACGAAUGAUCCGGAAGCCCAAUACUACUCAAAUCUUAUUCUGAAUAUUCUAAGAGUGAUUGCUACGUUUGCUAGUGCGAUGUUAAUCAAACGAUUCUCGAUUCGUACUGUUUUCAUCACGACUGGAUUCUGUUUGGCGUGCUCAUUGGCUAACAUCUCUUUGUUUUUGUAUUUGAGCGGUGCGUAUCCAGAAAACAAAGCGUUUCCAUUGAUUUGUUUGGUGUCGGUGAUUGUGAACGUGAUAUUCUUCGCGCUCGGAUUGGGACCGCUGCCGACUGUAAUUUGCGGGGAGAUGUAUCCAGCUUCUGUGCGUGAUAUUGGCGGCGCUCUGAGCGCAUUCUUAUCGUUCACGUCGCUGUUUACAAUCGUGAAACUGAUGCCGCACUUUUUCGUGCUUGUUAAUCCGGAGUUCAUAUUUUUAAUGUUUGCUUGCUGCACUUUAACUGGGGUUACGGUCAUGUGCUUUGUUCUCCCGAACACGAAAAACAAGACGUUGAAAGAGUUGGAGAAUUUUUACGAGGCGUAAACAGAUUGUGUAAAUAUGUAGAUUAGCGCGUGUACUUUUUGGGUAUAUUGUUAUUGUAAAUGUAAGUAGGUACUAUUACAUUAAUAGCUAGAGUGGUUGAUAAAUUGAUUUAUUUAUGACUAUAAGGUGUAAGUAAGUUGUUUUAAGUUUUAUUGUACAGUUUAAACAAGGUAGAAGAUAUAAUUUAAGUUAAAAAGAUGAGAAAGUAAAUAAAAACAAUUAAAUUUUAAAA